AUGAUGCAAAAUAUUCUGGCCUUGCCUCAAGAUAUUCACUCUCUGAUUUUCUCCGAGCUCACGUUCAAUGAUAUUUUGCGUCUGCGGCAGACAUGUUCUGCAUUCUCGUCUGGCAUUUCGAACGACAAACAGCUUUGGACGUAUUUGUUCAAACAACACGUAAUACGAAACUCGUUGCCUUUUCCGCAGUAUUUACGCUGCAUCAAGGACGUUGAAGCGCGCGACAUUGAGUCAUUGGUGAAGCAUGCGGUUUUAUUAGAUAGAAACUACGCGACGAUCUGGAGGAGGCUUCACGUACGCAGAAUAGAAAACAGCCGCGGUUCAGCUAUAACUUGGCUUAGACUGAUCCUUGGACGUUGGGUCUUUGUUGCUUCAGCAGACAUGAAUAGGUGCGAAGUCACAAUAUGGGAUAUACCGCCGAAGGGAGAGAUGAGACUUGCUGCGAAGAAAUUCGUGGAGGCACCUGUGAUUGAUGGAAUAGUGGAAGAAUCUGACACGCAAGUGCAAUGUGCACUUACCAUAGGAACUUCUUCGCCUUAUAUACUAAUCAUCCGCAUAUCUCAGCAUGCGGGAGAAGUGAUGAUUAGCCAACUUGCGUGGAUGUCUGAAGCUUCACACGUCCGCUUCUUACAGGGCAACCUCAUCGGCUUCGCUGUUCACAAGGGUGAUGAUGCGUACCCGUACAUUGCCAAUUGGAAAACGAAGGACUUGACUCGAUUAUAUCUAUCACCAAGCCCUCCUUUACGAGCACUUUCCCCACUUCCCCUCGUACGUAUGACUAUUCAUUUCAACGCGCCAGCUUUCAGCCUACAUCUUGCAUUUGUUCAGGAGCCUUGUAUAGCUAUGACUAUUAAGAACAGGUACAUAUUCACCCUACAUCGUCGCACAGUCCACGUCUUCGCCCUGUCGCCUGAUGGAGAACUUAGGUCCGAGCAUGUAUCCUUCCUAUCUCUAAAGGAAUCGGCAUGCAAAGGCCAUUUUUUCGAUAUUUCCGUUGAUGAGUCACGGGAAAUGGGUCAGCCAGAUGCGAUGCUGCGUAUGUACUACCAGGGAUACAGCUCUGCUAUCCGACAGGUCGUUGUUUUGAGAGGUGAAACCAAGGAGCCAGCAACGUUCACUCUUAUUGAGUCGCCCAAAGCAACCCCUCCUUACGUAUUCCAAGCUCAAGUGCUAGCUCGAUAUGCUAUUGGCCAAUCUGGCCGAAGGGCUUUUUUUAUAGUCUCACCAUCCCACAGCUGGAUGCCUUCUGAACUUACGACAACAUCCAUUCGUCUUCCAACAAAUACAGACGAAUGCCAACCUUUCACGGAACUUGACGACUAUAUUCCGGUCUCAAGAGAUGCACUUCCGCUUCAACAUCUAAUCUCAGACCUUGUGUUCGAUGAUGGAAGGGGCCUCUUAUUGAUGGGUACAGUCUCGGGAGAUGUACGGCUCGCGUCUUUUAUGGAAGAGGACGCUCUCACACGCGAAAGCAUCCGCAUAGAACUUCCUGAUUAUGCAAUGGAUGAAGAGUUAAUACCAGUAGAGGACCAAAAGCUUUCAUCAACGGAGGUGGUUCCGAAUCUUCCGAUUUUCUACAAAAUAAUGGCUUCUCACAAAUUUGAGGAAGAUCUGGCUCCUUCUGUUCGCGAAGAAGUAACUCGCAGCUGGUUUGACCGAAGUACCCUUCUCACGAUGGGGAACCCUUGA